UGAAGCUGGCUUUCGCUGUUUGCCGUUGUGUCCGGCUUCUGUGGUUGGAAAUGUCCAGCGGGUUUAUCACUGAUCAUUGCCGGGUUUGAACGUCAGCUGGAAGGUUAUGGAAAGCCGGAUUAUCUCGCCGGGGCCGUAUAGGGCUACGAAGCUGUGGAAUGAAUUAAUCAAGCUGUUUAGGGCAGGAAUGCCUUUGAAGAAACAUAGUGUGCGCUUGAAAAAGUACAAUAAUUGUUUUACUGCUUCAGAGGCAGUUGAUUGGCUACAUGAGCUGCUGAGAAAUAACAGUAACUUUGGACCAGAUGUGACUAGACAGCAAACUCUGCAACUGUUAAGAAAGUUUUUGAAGAAUCGUGUGAUUGAGGAUAUAAAAGGAAGAUGGGGAGCAGAGAAUGUGGAUGAUAACAGUCAGUUAUAUAGAUUUCCUGCUACAUCUCCAUUGAAAGUUGUUCCUAGCCAGCCUCCAUUUUACCAAAAAAUUACAACUGGAAUGAGCAACGCGAAGAAAAGUGAAUUUUGUCCAUUGUAUAAGGAGGCUAAAGUUCCUCAGGCGAAUACUGAAGAAUUGGAUAAGGAAGUUCUAGUGGUCACUUCUGACGAAGAGUGGACACACGCCAGGCCAGUUACUCAGAGUGACAUUGAAGAAGCUUGGAGAGAAGUUGUACUUAAUCACCUGCAGAAACUCUUAGGCUUAGCUUCACUGGAUGAAGUGCUGGAUCUCUCACAAGUUAUUUCUCAGAAUAUUGUAUACAAUGUAUGUAACAUCAGUAAACAUGGCGUUGUUGUAUUACAAGACAAAUCAGAAGAUCUACCUCAUUGGGUGCUGUCUGCUAUGAAGUGUCUAGCAAACUGGCCCCGGCACAAUGACCUGAAUCAGCCAACAUAUCCGGGUUUUGAGCGAGAUGUAUUUAAGACUGUUGCAGAUUACUUUAUCAAUCUUCCUGAGCCACUGCUUACGUUUGAAUAUUAUGAACUCUUUGUGAAUAUAUUAGUUUUGUGUGGUUACAUCAUGAUCUCAAACAGACAACAAGGAAAACGCAAGAAUUUGGAUGAAUUUGGCUGUCCACAGCCAGCAAAAUCACAACACCUGAAUAGCCAUAAAACCUCUUUCAAAUCGACUGAAUGCUUGUUGCUGAGCUUAAUUCGCAAAGACAUUUCAGCGAAGCCCACGCAGCAACAGGAGGAAGUCAAUGUAUCUGAGCAGAAACUAUUUCGAAAUGAGCAUAAUCUUCAAAAAGGAUGUGCUAGGCGUCUAAAUCAACAUGUGAAAAGCAAUAAGAAAGCUGAUAUUAAAGAUCAAUUAAUAGGAGGCAGCUAUCAAAACCUAGCUCACUUAAAAAAUGAUCUCAGACAGCGCUGCCCAAUCAUGUCGAGGCACCACUCAGUGGGACACAUUGCAAGUGGAGAUAAGGUACGCAAGCCACUGAGCCACAUUAACCUGAAUGUGGCAAGGCCUCAGAAUGGUACUGAACAGUCCCAUAUUCAGGGCACCCAGCCCCUCAUUAAUAGUAGACCUAAAGCAGAAUCAAUGUCAAAUCUGUAUCUGGAAAGUGGCAGACAGCAAGUUUCUAAUUUCAGCACCAGGUGCAGCUCAGCAUGGACUUUGGCUGAAUCCAGUAAUGAACCUCGGACUAAGUAUACAAAUCAAGAAUUGGUCACUGGAGAGGCGACCAAUGCAAUUGACCAAAAAUCAGUUCAGGGUCAGGAUCAACAGAAUCAGGAUUCACAAUUUGGAAGAUUGCACUAUUUUUCAAAAGUUAAUUACCAUGAGCUUAAUACAACAAAUAACUAUAAGAUACCCAAAGGCGUGGGCAGCUGUUUUAACAUAAAUGCUCCAGUUGCUGAAGUUACAAUGAAACCCAAUUGCUCACCUGAGCUAGGAUUAAGAAGACCAAGUGCAUUUAGUUUGGCCAACACAGGAACUGGAUAUCCAACUGCAGAUGGAGCCAUGUUCCAGUGUUUUAAGUAUACUGUGGAUGGAUCUGAGAAUUGCUCUUCAAAUGACUGCCAUUCAACCUUUGCAGAAUGUUUGAAUGACCCACAAAGUUUAUUGCAACCUCACCUGGAGCAGGUUGCUAUAGAAGCUCUCCAGAUAUGUUGCCUUCUUUUACCUCCACCCAAUCGCAGAAAACUGCAACUACUUAUGCGCAUGAUAUCUCGUAUUAGCCAGAAUGUCGAUAUGCCACAGCUUCAUGAUGCUAUGGGAACAAGGAUGCUGGUGGUUAACACUUUUUCACACUGUAUAUUACGUUGCAAGAAAGAAGUUGACCUUGAUGAAUUGUUAGGUACUCGACUUGUUUCUUUUAUACUGGACCACCAUCAAGAGAUUCUACAAGUACCAUCUUAUCUGCAGAAUGCUGUAGAAGAUCACAUCAACCAUCUCCAAAGAGUUAAGAUUCAGUAUCCAUGUACAGAUGUGAAUCCUUCAGUCCCAAUGUAUACAUUCUGCCAACAGAUAAGCAAUAAGGAAUUUGAAGAACAAAAGGUUACUAUAUCUCACCGUGCCAUGGCUGAGUUAUUGGAAAAUAUUGUGGAAGACAAGAAAUUAUCAGUCAAAGACAAGAAAAAAAAACUUAAACAAUUCCAAAAGGAAUAUCCAGAAAUCUAUCAAAACCGCUUCCCCACGUCCGAGUGUGAGAUGAAGCUCUUUCAGGAUAGACCCAAGAUCAAGCCACCAUUGCUGGUUAUAAUGAAGAAACCACUUAAACACCAGCAGAAAAAACAGAAUAUCAGGAGCUGAACUAAAUAUUUUCAGAAUUUUAAGAUUAUUUAAGGCUAUUUGCACGAUUCCUCAAUUCCUUGAUCUAACCAUAUGAAGUAAAGAUUUCUUAAAUUGUUUCUGAAAGGUAGAGAAUUGAAUCCAACAAUGGAAGUUUAAUCAACUGUAAAUAAAUAUACAAGAUUUUCAGGCAAUAUUUAGAUAGGCAUUUGUGAUCACCUCUGUUCCUUUAUAGUUGCUGAGAUACUAGGAAUUUCCCUAUUUUCAGAUUUCAAACACUUAGACUAUACUCCUGCAAAAUUAGUUUUUAUUCUGCAAUGUUUCAGCAUUCUUUGAAAUGACUAAUUUAUAAUGUAUCAAUGCAUUGACAUAUUAUACUUUGCCUUGCAGACAAUAAUGAGUCUGUUUUAAGUCUUGAUGAAACUGCAAGGCAGAAAUGGGAUUGAUGCAUUGUUGAUGUAUAAUGCACGAUUUUCAGUGCCACUGUUUUAUAUUUGAAAUCAGAAACGCACUACCAAAGUUAUAAAAUACAGAAUUACCAUCAGGGAAAUGUUUGACUCAUUCUCAUUAUAAUACCGUAAUCCUCGUCUACAGUAUACUCUGUAACUGACUUUCAUUGUUAGUGCUUCUGCAUUUUUUAGAAUUAGAAUCAGAUUUAUUAUCACUGACAUAUAACAUAAAAUUUGCUGUUUUGCAACAGAGACAUGCUAUAAUAUAAAUCUUGUUAAAAAUUGUUAAAAUAAAUAGUUUAAUUGACACUAGAAGAUACAGAAGCAUUUGCAAUUUUGUUUUAUUGCCUCUUGUUUGAUUUCCUUUGUUUUUAUUGAGUUGGACAGAUAGGUCUAGCUUAAUAAUACUUAAUCAGAUUUUUCCGGUUAGAAAUGUACAAUGAAUCAUUUUUGGUGGUAAUGCCUUAACCUGGAAUUAUUGGCAUAAUUGAUUCAAAACCUCAGCUACAAACUUUGUAAUACAGCAUGUUCUAAAUUAAAUUGUAAAGAUAGGAACAUUAAAAUGGAAUGUUGGAAAAUAUUUAGUAGACGUAUGAGUAUGCAGACAAGUGCCUGAGUUGUCCAAACUUCUGAACUCCAGCUGGCUACAAUGAGUAAAAUAGGGCAAUUCUUAAGUUGCUUUGUUUAUUUAGCUCCUCCAAGGUCAAUGCUAUAGCAUGUUGCAACAAUUACACCACCAAAUUUCAGAAGGACGGUGAUGAUUGGUCAUCUGGUCCUGACUGACAGCUACAUAUAGCUUGCAGCAAAUGUCUAUCUGCUGUCUGAAGCCAGUUUGAAAGCAGUGAAAUGAUGUCAUUGCUGCUCUCA